AGACUAUAUUCUCACUUCUCAGCAACGUGAGAUGUCUGCAUACGCAUCAUUUGUGCAUUAAUAACUAUGUGCAGAACAAUGAUUCAUUAGUAGGUUGUAAAAAAUCGUAGUAAAAACAAAAAACCGGCAUAACGGAACAUCUGCAACAUGGUGCAUUACGCAACGCUAUACCGGGAUUACAUUCCAUUUCACGCGGAUCGGCCCUACAAGUACAAUAAUCGAAAAUUCCUGCAACGAUGGGACGAGCUAAAUGGGAUGAAGUGGGUGGCUGCUGCGGACGGGGUAGUUCCACCCAAUGCCGUCGUCGCUGGUUAUGAGGGAAAACAAACACUGUACGUGGGACGCGCGGAGGUAAACAAUUCCAUUGCGCCCGGUUCGAUUAAUCCGCAGAAGAAGGCAUGCUUCUGUCCAUGGGGCGGCAAAAAUCAUAAACGAUCCAAGUACGAAGUGCUAUGCACCCCGGGUCAAUUCGUAUUGAUAAACAGCUGGGAAACACUGGUGAAAGGAACUCCCGGGGGAAUAAGCGAGCAAGGCGAACCAUUGUACAUUGGCCGGAACAAACAGAAUGAAGAACUGGUGUGUGGCAAAAUACAGAGAUCGUACUUCGUUUGCUAUAUACCUUACAAAACAAAGGAAAUUGAGCGUGAUGUGUUCGGAAGUGAGAUCUUUAUCAAAUCGACUAGUUAGAGCAUAAGAAUGGUUGCCCCAUAUGCCUUUACAUAUACACUAAUUCUAGCGGACAUUGCACUAUCCGACAAUGCUUGGCUCGACAUUAGCAUAAUGUAAACAGUAUUGUCGGAUAGUGCAUUGUCCGAUAGAAUGAGCGAAUAUGUAAACUGAUGGCUGUAUUAUCAAAAUUAGAGAGUAGUUUCGGUUUAUAUAGUUUCAUUGUUUAAACAAUCAGAAUACUUACAUUUCCCCAGAUUUUUGUUUUACAGGAUUUAGUGAGUUAUAUUUCAAGUCAAGAAUUAAAACAAAUGACGAUUCUUAAAUUAUGAAGAUAAAUCUACGCUAUUGUGAUAAACUGAAUUGUAUUAACAUGCAGGACUGAUAUAUAUUCGAGGCAGUUAUUCAAUUUUAGAAUUCCAGGAAUAAAGUUAGAUUUCUGAAACAACUAUAUAAAUAAAAAGGAAACUAGUUACCUA